UUAUAACCUACGAGAACAGCUGAAAGGCCGCAGUUUUACUCUUGAAAAACAUUAAUAAUUGUGUUAUAAUGAGUCAACAACGACGUGCAACAAUGGAACAACUAGUAAGUGAUAUCAUCAAUGAUAGUUCCCUUGCAGUAAAAGUAAGCAGUACAAGAAUUCUACUUCAAAAUUACAUUGUGAUGCAAAGCACUGAUGCACUUGCGGCGUUUUCCAAUGAGCAUUUGACAACAAUUCUUCCAGAAGUAACACUUAUCCAACAAUCUAUCUUUCAACAUAAUGAGGAGCUCAUGGGCUCAAUAAAUGAGAUAAACUCUGAUAUAUUAAAAGAACUGCAGGAACAUCUCAAGUUAUCCAUUGAUUUACUACAAGUAAUAGAUGAUUUUAUCUCAAAUAUCAGCACAAAUGGACAACUAGAUGUACAAUCUCAUUGCUAUAUUCCUAUAAACAUCAAUAAACUAAUAUAUGCAACAUUUUAUCACUGCAAAACAAGCGAGCAGACAUACAAACACUACUACAACACAUUACAACCUCUUCCGGAGUUAUUCCAAGCAACACAAAGCAUUCAACUGAAGCUGAUGGCAAUGAUUGAAUCACAAUUUGUUUUUCAGUUAAAUAUUGAUGCACAUAGAGACAUGUUGCUUGAAUUAUUUGAUGGUUUAUGUGAGACAGGAAGCAUUUUGUUUGGAUUAAACUCAAAAUUAAUGGCUAGCACAUGGAAAUGUUACGCGAAUUUAAUCAAACUGUAUGCAACCAGACUUACACACUACGACGUUCUUAAACCUUUAAGAAUUUUAUUUGGUGAAAUAUCUUUGGCAAUAACACGAGCAACUAAUAAUAAAUCCAGCGAUGUGCAAACAUUUAAAAUCUGCAACUUUCUUCUCCGCAUUGCCUCGACGAUUAUUUUCACAUUCCCAAAGGAAUCCACGCGAUCAGAGAAUUCCGCUGCAAUUUUAGAUCUAAUAACAAAUCUAUACAAUGUGACUGGCAAGAACCAGCCCGACUCGCCGAAUGCAGAACUAUGCGACAUGCACGUCCAUUCACAAAUCGACACGAUCCUGGCGCACUUUUUGAUCGACCCGAGCGUGUUAAUAAUUGAGGAUUUGCGGGAGCGCGACGAUUGUGCAGGAUUCAUGAGCAUUGUCAAGGAUGUCAUGCCAAGGGCGAAAAUAUUUCAUACUCGUGGCGCUGUCUGCAACAUAUUGAAAGUAUUCUUUGAUUAUUUAAACACACAGAAAGAAAAACAGACAGAAGAUUUCAACAAAGAGGAAAAUUACCAGCUGCAUUUGGUCAAUUUUACAACAACAAUUCUAGGAGUGUCUAGAGAAGAAUACAAAGACAUUGAGGAAGUUUUACUCAUCAACACAUGUCGAGAAAUAUCACUGCAAUCAAUGUUUGCGUGCGAUUUAUGGGUUUUAAUCCUGUCAUUUACACCGCCCACGUUAUGUUUCAACACGCUGAUGGCACUGGCGGAUAAAUACAAGGCGCGAUCAAGCCGAGAGUUCCGCCACCAUCAGCAGCGUAUCUUCCUGCGGCGAUGCUUCGCCAGCCUGCCGGACGCGUUGCAGGCGAAGUGGAUCGCAGCGUACACGGCGGAAACGCACCUCAAUCUGUGGGCGCUCUUCGGCGUCGGGGAGGCGGCGCCGCCACGCCGCGAAUACCUCGCUCAAGUGAUCGUCCGGAAUGUCUGUCGGCGGUGCGAUCGGCUGGAGCAAAUCAAUGCGGACGAUUUGCAAUAUGCGAUGGACGGUUUGGAAGUAUUGUCCGGAUUGUGCGUGCCCAAGGACACGCCGGCCGAAAUUCAACACAAAUUCAAUGCGCUCGUGGUGCAAUUAUUCCGCACGGAUGCCGCACUGCUCGAAAGUCGCAUCUAUAUCGAUUACAUGAUGAACUCGCUGCUGCCCUGCAUCGUCAGCCUGAUUGUCAACCUUCGCGUCGGCAGCGCGCAUCUGCUUCAGAUAUUAAACGUGGAUGAAACAAAAGAAAACGCACAAUCACCAAUUUCUAAAAUGAUUAUCUCGGUGAUUCUCGCCGCGAUCGCGAAAACCUCUCCAAACGAAUACAACGCGUUUGUAUUCGCAGCAAUCGCGCGGCAUCUUAACAUUAACACUCUCCAAGCUUCUUUUUCAACUUCAUCCAACUCGCAGGACGCCGAAUAUCAAAUAGUUAAUUUAUAUGCAAAUGACGCUCGGGUGGCUUUCGAACGCUCGCCGGAGUGGAUGAAAAACUUGGCGAAUGUACAAAAACCCCCACCACCAACUUCGAGCGAAUUAGAAGAACCGAGAAAUAAAAAAAUAAAAUUACAAAAACGUAAUCUACAAGUACGUCCAGUCGGAGCAAAAUACAUGCCACCGUUGAGAAUUACACAACCCGAACGUCCAGAGGAUGAAGUUCAGGAUAUACUGGAUAACAUGAAGGAUGAAGUACGCCGGUUGCAGAAGUUGGCCGCAAAUGGUAAGUGGACACAAUUCUCCAAGGAUAAUUCACUGGACAUCCAACAUGUUUUAAGUAAGUUACAACAGUUGAUGUACCGCAGUUAAGGUAACUUUUUUUUCUAUAAAAAAUAGCUGAAAAUCAUUUUACACUAACAAUAGCCAGGUAAUAAAAAAGUUUAUUUCACAGUUGACUUCGUAGGUUUUAUUAAAAAUCGAAUAACUUGGUAACUAUCGCAUUGACAUUAAACAGUUGUGGCAAUUCGCACUCACUGCGCAUUUGAAACAAAAAAAAAAACACAAAUAACGAAAAUAUCCGCAGGUAAUAAAUACAUUCACCAAAUGCGUCUCCUACGUGUCAAUUGUCCACAACUCGGAUCGCAUGACUCAUACAUAAAUUAUGCAUUCGUUAUUUUUAUUUUUUUUUUUAUUAUUUUAAGGUAAUAAUAUAAUCUGUACGAGAUAUGUGUGGGUCACGCGGUGGAUAUGUUUCGGGUAGGUGGCGUGAUAAGCCAACAAUCGCGCCCAUUGUUGUAAUAAAAACAAUUUAAAAAAGCAUAUUAUGAAAGUGUUCGCAGUGUGUGAAUGUGAGAGUGUGAAUGAUCGAUAUGAAUUGUUGCUUUCUUUGCCUCCCUGAUACUUACUCAACUAUUUAUUCAUAAUUUAAUAAUAAUAUUUAAACAAAUGCGCUACAAGUAAUAGUAAUUAAGAAUAAUUAAGUUAUUUACAUUUACUCUUUGACGUACUUAGUAGGAUUCAAUUCAUCUGCGCGUUUUUUAAAAAAUAAAAUUUUUCGUGGUUGGUUGGUUUUUGUUGAAA